CCAUUCCAAAUAUUUUGACAGUGUAGAUCGCAGCCUCAUGUUUCGCAACUCGUUGCACCAUUGCAUUCAGCUACAUCACUAAUAAACACAUUUCUUAACAUUUUCUCAAAAUUUAUUUUCUCUCUCCUUCUCACACCCCGAACCACAUGGCUUCCAUUUCGAGUAUCUCUUCUCCGAACCUCACUUUCCCGAAGCAAAACCUCCCUGUUACCUUCCCUCUCAAACGACCCUCACUUCUCCACUUCCCUUCCCAACCUUUAUGCCUCUGUCUCAACUCCGUCUCCGACGGCAACCACAACAACACAAACAAUAACGACCGCCGAUGGGAUUCGAUGCUCCACGAAUUCGUCACCGGCGCUAUGAAGCAAUUCGAAUCCUACGUCAACGCGCUCAUGAAAGGCCGCGCUGCCGAUGAAGACCGCGGUGAUGUUAACGAUGAAGAUUGGGAUUGGAAUCAGUGGCGUCAGCAUUUCGAUGAGGUUGAUGACCAGGAACGUAUUGUCAUCAUCCUCAAGUCUCAGUUACGGCAUGCUGUAUACGUGGAGGAUUAUGAAGAAGCUUCUAGGCUUCAGGUGGCGAUUGCAGCUGCAUCUAACAAUGACAGUGUUGGAAAAGUGAUAUCUCUUCUCAAAAGAGCCAUAAAAGAAGAGCGGUACCAUGAUGCAGCUUUUUUAAGAGAUAAAGCUGGUGCUGGACUUGUUGGUUGGUGGACUGGUAUUUCAAAAGAUGUAAAUGAUCCACAUGGUUUAAUUAUUCGCAUAACUCCAGAGCAUGGAAGAUAUGUGGCAAGGAGUUAUAGUCCUAGGCAACUUGCAACAUCUGCUGCUGGUGUUCCUCUAUUUGAGUUUUUUCUUACAAUGGAUAAAAAAGGUGACUUCAAGUCGCAGGCUGUGUACCUAAAGCGAAAAGGGUCCUACCAUGGCCCCCCAACUAUGUCCUCUAAAACAUCGGAUGCUAGUGAGCUGUUUGUUGUGAGUACUGAGGAUUCAGAAAGUGGUGAUGAUAGGAGUGAUAGCUCUGACCCUUCUGAGAGAAUGCCUGCAUUUCAGAAUGUCGUGAAAGACAUGAUUCCUGGUAUGAAGGAGAAGAUUUUCAAAGUGAUAACUCCAGGGAAAGUUGACAAGGAUCUAAUAUCUAAGGUGAUUGAGGAAUUAACUGAGGAAGAAGAAAGUGGGAAUGAAAAUGAAGAUGGAGAAGAUGAUGGCGAUGAAGAAGAUGACACUGAAGAUGAAGAUGAAGAUGAAGAUGAAGAUGAAGAUGAAGAUGAAGAUGAAGAUGAAGAAGAAGAAGAUGAAGAUGAAGAAAAGGAAAAUGAUACAGUAACUCUGGAAUUGGAAGACAUUAUAUUGGAAACUGAUCAAGAGGGAGAUUAUGAGAACGAGAUAAAUGCCAAUCUGGGAACUUUUGAACGUGAAGAACAAAAUGAAAUUGCUGUCAAAGUUGUCAUUGGUGGUCUUAUGCAGGAACUUUCCAGCAAUUUAUCCUCUAGAGAUUUGCUUCGAGUUCCUGCUAAGCUGGAGAUGAAGGAGCGUGGUUCAUUUUCUUUUAUUGUUGAAAACGAAGUCAAUCAGCAGGAUGGUCAUGUCAAAGGGAAAUCUUCAUCAGAUAAAUCAAUUAAGUUUCAAAGUCGUCGCAGAGUUGAUCAUGUUAUUUCUGACAUUGCUAAAUUAAUUGGCAAGGAAAAUGUACCUGCAAAGGUGCUGAAAGAGUUUGGAGAAUUAAUAAGUCUCACUCUAAGUCAGGCUCAGAAUCAUCAACCAUUAUCCGGGUCUACGAUUUUCAAUCGCAUUGAAAUACCAUCUUCAUUUGAUCCUCUAAACGGCUUAUAUAUUGGAACAUAUGGUCUUUACUCCUCUGAAGUUAUUCAAAUGAGACAUAGAUAUGGUCAAUGGCAAGAAGAUGGUAGGGCGAAGGAGACUUCGGAUCUCGAGUUUUAUGAGUAUGUAGAGGCCCUGAAAAUAACUGGGGAUCCUUAUGUACCAGCUGGCCAGGUGGCAUUUCGUGCAAAAGUUGGAAAGAUGUAUCAACUUCCACAUAAAGGGAUAAUUCCUGAAGAAUUUGGAGUGAUUGGUCGCUAUAAAGGUGAAGGAAGAUUGGCUGAGCCAGGGUUUCAGAAUCCGCGAUGGGUUGAUGGUGAACUUGUAAUUCUUGAUGGAAAGCACAUAAAAGCAGGGCCUGUUGUUGGAUUUGUGUAUUGGGCCCCGGAGUAUCAUUUUUUGGUCUUCUUUAAUCGGCUUAGGCUUCAGCAGUAGGAUUUCGUUGUUCAUACUAUCAAAAACUUUGUAAAUUCUUUCUUCAGACUUCAGCGUGUCAAGGAAUGCUAAAAUUGUGCUUCAGUGGAAGAUAUCAUCCAUCACUGCAGGAUUUUCCAUUUAAGUGUAAAAUAGCUUUAUGCCAAGCAGCAUAGAUUUUGAGCACUGGGCUGCUUGUCUAGUCGUAACUCGUAACUCAACUUAUUUGGUUAUCUUAAGCUUGAUUGUCAUAGCUUGACUAAUCAUCAUGGAGAUUCAUAAAUCAGCACUGAAGCACAAUGUACUAGUUUUUCAUUUCACGUAUUGUAGAGCUGUAGUAGUGUUCAGGUGGCACAUCCUUCAUCAAAUUUGUAUAGUGGUCCAAUUUUUUCUGAUAUGUUAUAUUCAAAUGUAUCAUAACUACAUAAUCAUGCUUAGUCUAAUGUGUUCAUUCUGUUAGUAUGAAUGAAAUAAGUUCAUUACAAGUGGCA